AGCUCCCUAUAAAGCAGGCCUUAAAAAAAAUAAAUACAAUAAGACACAGACAAUGUUGGAAACUGCAAAAAAGAUAAUAAAUGAUAACACAAGCAAAGAAGAUUACAUUAAAAGAAGUUUUGCAAUGAAACUUUUUAAUGGAGAACUGCCUGUAAUGCUCAAAAGAUUCGAGCAUCAACCUCACAUAUAUAACAGUCCAAAAUGUAUAUUAUGUGGAAGGUAUGAGGAAACAGAUAUACAUGUGUUUGAGUGCAAAAGAAAUAAUAAUGAAGAGAGUGAAUACACACCAAUGACAAAUCAUUACAAACAACUAAUUAAUUGUCUAACUAUAAAAAUUCAAAAACAAAUAGAUGAGAUAGAGGAAGACAAAAUACAAAGUGAACUUAGGUCCCUAAGUGAGUUAUGGAAGUUUUGGGGAGAUACAGAUGAAAUGAGUUCACCUAGGAUCACAUUACAUGAAUUAAUCAAGGGAUUCAUACCACAAUCAUUAGUAUUCAAAGUUACAUCAAU